GUAUAAAAAUCUCACCGCACCUUCCUUUCGCGCCGUGGGCUUCAACUUUUCUUUAUUGCUCUCUCUCUCUAGAUAGAGUCUCAACUCGUUCUCUCUCUCUCUCUCUCUCUCUCUAGAAAGAGAAGCUCAGAUUCGCUACAGAUUACCAUGAGAAGCAACUUGUAGAGAGUUUCUUGUGCCUAUUUGAGAUUGAAGUGGCUUCAUGGGUUUCAGUAUGAGCUCUUUCUUUAUGAACUUGGGUGUGACCUCCCCUAAUGAAACUUCGGUCAAUUCUAUUACUUUAUUUGUGUUGCUUCUUACUGCUUGUAUUGUGAUUGGGCAUCUUCUAGAGAAGAGUAGAUGGAUGACUGAGUCGAUUACUGCCCUUGCCAUUGGUCUCUGUACUGGAAUUGUAAUUCUACUAAAUACUAAGGGAAAAAGCUCACACGUCUUAGUCUUUAGUGAAGAUCUCUUCUUUAUAUAUCUUCUUCCACCCAUUAUCUUUAAUGCUGGGUUUCAGGUGAAAAAGAAGCAAUUUUUCCGAAACUUUAUGACAAUCACUUUGUUUGGUGCUGUUGGUACUUUGAUAUCCUUUACCAUCAUAUCGCUAGGUUCAAUGCAGCUAUUCAAAAAAUUGGAUAUUGGCUUCCUGGAGGUUGGAGAUUAUCUCGCAAUUGGAGCUAUAUUCUCAGCUACAGAUUCUGUUUGCACAUUACAGGUGCUUAAUCAGGAAGAAACACCUUUCCUGUACAGUGUAGUCUUUGGGGAAGGUGUACUCAAUGAUGCCACAUCUGUGGUACUUUUCAAUGCAAUUCAGAGAUUUGACCUUUCUCAUAUCACCUCAACCAAUGUCAUGCAAUUCAUUGGCAAUUUCUUAUCUUUAUUCUUCACCAGCACGGUGCUGGGGGUAGCAGUUGGAUUGCUUAGUGCAUACAUAAUAAAGAAGUUGUACUUUGGCAGGCACUCCACUGAUCGUGAAGUUGCUCUAAUGAUGCUAAUGGCUUACCUUUCGUAUAUGAUGGCUGAACUAUUCUAUUUAAGUGGCAUUCUUACCGUGUUCUUUUGUGGGAUUGUCAUGUCGCAUUACACCUGGCAUAAUGUGACUGAAAGUUCAAGAAUCACAACUAAGCAUUCUUUUGCAACAUUAUCAUUUGUCUUAGAGAUUUUCAUCUUCCUAUAUGUUGGUAUGGAUGCCUUGGACAUGGAGAAGUGGGAAUUUGCUUCCAAGAGUCCUAAGACAUCGGUUGGUGUGAGUUCGAUAUUGCUUGCGUUGGUUCUGAUUGGAAGAGCAGCUUUUGUAUUCCCUCUAUGUUUUAUAUCCAACUUAACUAAGAAGUCUCAGGGCAACAAAAUAAGAUUUAAGCAGCAGGUGACCAUAUGGUGGGCUGGACUCAUGCGAGGUGCUGUGUCUGUGGCACUUGCUUAUAAUCAGUUUGCUAGUUCAGGGCAUACUCAAUUGCCAGGGAAUGCAAUCAUGAUCACCAGCACCAUUACAGUCGUUCUCUUCACUACUGUGGUGGGUGGAUUAUUGACAAAGCCUAUUGUAAGGUUCUUGCUACCACAACAGAAACACUCAAGCGGCAUAAUAUCCCCUGAUUUGUCAUCGUCAAAGUCUUUGAAUCUUCCACUUCUUGGCAUCAAUGGGCAAGAACCAGAAGGUAACUUAAGUACCAACGUUACCCGUCCAUCUAGUUUACGAAUGCUCUGGGCUACCCCAAGUCGCACUGUCCAUUGCUAUUGGCGAAAGUUUGACGAUGCUUUCAUGCGUCCUGUGUUUGGUGGGAGGGGUUUUGUUCCUUAUAUCCCUGGUUCACCAACGGAAACAGAAGGAAUUAUCCAUUAAUGGGAAAUAGGAGAAAUAUAUGUAGUAGAUAUAGAAUUUUGAAGAUAUCUUCUAGUUACGGUAUUUGGCGUUCCACCGGCAUUUUCUUUUGUGUAAAUAAAAUUAAAAAAAAAAAGUGUUAUUAUACAAUUUCACUUGGAACGCUCAUUACUGUGAUUCAAACUAUAAUGUGGACACUGUUUUUUUGAUGUAUGAACUUUUAUAUAGAUAUCCAAAAACAAAAGAGAAAUAUUAUCA